CGCAGCUUCCGAUCUUCGAGCUCACUUUCCCAGCACUCAGGUUCCCGGCUUCCAUUCUUCUCUUUUCUUCCACACAACCCGUCGCGUCUCUUCCCACUGCUUGCGCAUCAUCUCUACGCAUCGAAGUAUCCUUUUUAGCUUUACGCGCAGCAAUUGCUUCCCCGCCCCGCUUUCGCGACUUCUCACGCAGGUUUGCGAAGCAUAACGUCAUCUCAUACCGCCAGCGCCUACUGAGCUGUAUCACACACAAUGACUGACACUGAGAUCCAACAAGGAGACAAGGUCUCAUGGAACUGGGGCUCAGGACAGCCCGGUGGUGAAGUUGCUGAGGUCAAGGACCAAGGCGAGAUUGCUAUCGAAUCAAAGAAAGGCAACACCAUCAAGAAGAACGCCUCACCUGAUAACCCCGCUGUUCACGUCGAGCGCUCUGGCAACGACGUCGUGAAGCGCGCUUCCGAACUCCAGAUCGACGAGAAGACCGACGGUGCCAACGGAGAACAAGCUAACGGCGACUCCAAGGAAGGCGACAAGGAAGCUGAGUCAGAAAAGACAGAGGACAAGUCAGCAGAGUCGGAGAAGAAGGACGACGACAAGCCCGCUGAAGCCGAGAAGAAAGACGAGGAAAUGAAGGACGCGCCAGACAGUGAGGAGAAGAAGGAAGAGGCGCAAACCAACGGCGACUCCAAGGCCGAAGAGUCCAAGGAGGAGUCAAAAGAAGAGGCCAAGGACGACGCGACAGAAGACAAGUCCGACGAGAAGCCUGCAGCCGAUGAGAAGGACGACGAACCCCAAGCUGGCGACAAGCGCAAGGCUGAGGAGUCGGCGGAUAAGACCAACGGCGCAGAUGCCGACGAGAAGCCCGCAGAGAAGAAGGCCAAGACUGAUGAGGCCGAGGCCGAAGACGAGAACAAGGACGAGGACAAGGAUGAAGCUGAGACAAAGCCCACUCCCAAGAAGGGCGGCCGUCCCAAGAAGGAGAAGAAGGAGCCUGCAAAGAAGAAGGCACCCAAGAAGGCUGCUACCGCCGACGGUACGCCCCGUCGCAGCGGCAGGACCAACAAGGCGUCGGUAAAUAUGGCUGAGGAUUAGAAUUCCCUUCCCAAGUAAAAUGGCAAUGGGCACGGUAUCGAACGCGGCGCAAAACUCGGAUGAGUUGGAACGGGCAGAGCAAGGACAACAAUGAUGGCAUGAACGGAUAUUGGGUGGAAAGGAAUCUGGAUUCGGCGCUAAAAGGGAUUGAAUCUUGGUAUCGUUCUCCUUUACUACGGUAGCAAUCUUGCUUUUCCUUUAGUCUAUUUUUUGUGUAACAGUACCAGUAAGAUGAAAAUCAAAAUCGAAAUCAACAGUACCUGUCAGCUUUCUCUUUGUGAUUUCUUGGUUCUUUGCGCAUGGUCACGGAAAUGGUACGUGGCAAAAG